CGAGCUAGAAGUGAAGCAGUUAGUCUCGCGCCUGUAGCUUCUGAGACCUGCCGCACGUGAAUCAGCAGGAGCUGCAGCACUGCCUGUCCUCCGCAGCGGGGGGCCGAGAGGAGCACCGGACAGCACACAGGAUGGAGUAUGGUUAUGAUGCUGAUCUAGAGGAGCUGUGUCCAGUUUGUGGAGAUAAAGUGUCCGGAUAUCACUACGGCCUGCUCACCUGCGAGAGCUGCAAGGGCUUCUUCAAGCGGACGGUCCAGAACAAUAAGCGCUACACGUGCGCGGAGAGUCAGGACUGUAAGAUCGAUAAGACUCAGCGGAAGCGCUGUCCGUUCUGCCGCUUCCAGAAGUGCCUGACCGUCGGCAUGAGGCUGGAAGCCGUACGUGCAGACCGGAUGCGGGGUGGCCGGAACAAGUUUGGACCUAUGUACAAGCGAGACCGUGCCCUGAAGCAACAGAAGAAAGCUCUAAUCCGGGCGAGUGGGCUUAAGAUGGAGACCACACCCCUCCUCCAGUUACCCGUCCAGACAGACUACAGCUUUGGCAGCAUGCUGCCGAGCCUCCCACCCGUCUCCACCCCUAAACACGCCCUCUCCACCACGCCCUCUUCCACUGCCACCGCCGCAGACUACAGUCUGUACACACCUGGCUGCAUGCCCGUACCUGCUCACGGCCCUCUGUCUCCGCAGUACCCUUACACGUCCUUCCCCAGUCGCGCCAUCAAAUCCGAGCUCCCAGAUCACUAUGCCAGUGCUAGCUCUCCCGACUCUGCCCUGGGAUUCACGUACAGUGAGCACACACAGACCGGGAGCCCGUCAGCGCCCCCUGCAGGCCUGCCGGUACCGGCGCUAGUGCUAGAGUUUGUGCGCUGUGAACAGGAUGAGCUGCAGGUGCGCAGCAAGAUCAGCGCUCACCUGGGGCACCUGCAGCAGGAGCAGAGCUCCCGCAGCGCCAAAGCCGAGCCGCUCUCCACCUUCGGCCUGAUGUGCCACGUCGCAGACCAGACACUGUUCUCCAUCGUGGAGUGGGCGCGCAGCUGCACCUUCUUCAAAGAGCUCAAGGUGGGCGAUCAGAUGAAGCUACUUCAUAACUGCUGGAGUGAAUUGCUAGUGCUUGACUACAUCUCUAGACAGGUGCAUCAUGGGAAACAGGACAGCAUAUUGCUCAUCACUGGACAAGAGGUAGAGCUGGGAUCUCUGCUGGCUCAGGCUGGUGUCACUCUGGCUGAACUGGUGCAAGGUGGUCAGGAACUGGUGCAGCAUCUUCAGGAGCUUCAGCUGGACCGCAGAGAAAUCGCCUGCUUCAAAUAUCUCAUUCUGUUCAACCCCGAUGUGAAGCUGCUGGAGAACCAGGUGUAUGUGGAGAGUGUGUAUGAGCAGGUGAGCGGGGCGCUGCUGGAGUACACACUGUGCGUUUACCCUCAGCACGUGGAGCGUUUCAGUCAGUUGCUGCUGCGCCUGCCCGAGCUGAGAGCCCUGAGCGUGCAGGCCGAGGAUUACCUGUGCUACAAACACCUGAGUGGAGAGGUUCCCUGCAACAACCUGCUCAUAGAGAUGCUGCACGCCAAGAGGGCCUGCGUCUGACUGCCAGCACCACCGCCACUUUACCGCACUCGCGCAGAGAGAACCCACGACUGACCACCUCACCCACACACACAGAUACCAUCGCCAUCGUGAGAAACUACAGAAUAACUUUGUAGGAGAAGAAACGAGUUUACAGACGUUUCCUGCUGGCCCAAAAUUUGGACACACUGCCAAAAUGAGGGUCACUUCUUUAGUCCAACUUUAAAGAACCGUCUCAUCUGUUCCAUCCGUGAACUGUCUAAAAGCACACGAUCACCAGCGAGCACAUGCAGCUCCAUGCAUGAUCACAUGUGACAUCACAUGUUGUGAAAUAGCACGUGAUCACACAUUUCUCACGUCAUUUUCAUUUGAUCACGUUUGUCUGAAAUGAUCACACGUUUUUUCACGCAAUCAUGUUUUUCACAUCAGCACAUUUUCACAUGAUCACAGGUGUUUCCACACACAAUAACAUGGUUUUCCACACAAUCACACUUUUCACAUUUGAUCACACUUUUGACACGAUGA